GCCGAGGGAGCCCAGGAGCCCAGGGUCGGGUGCUGCCCUCCAACCUGCCUGCCAGCCGCGGGCCGCCCCAUUUGGAAGUCGUCGGUGCCGAGGUGGUAGUGAAGCCUUGAGAGAGCCUAUGAGCUUGCCAAAGAAGUGGCUGUAAACUGAGAAGAGGCCCAGAGCUGAGCCUUGAAGGGUGUCCACAGCUAGCAGGGAGGCAGAGGGUCAACCAGAUAAAGACACUGAGAAGGAGCGGCCAGAGAGAUGACGUGACUGGGAUGAUACAGUAAACACCUCACCUUUUAGCGGGCAGGAUGGACCAGCCUUUUACCGUGAAUUCACUGAAAAAGCUGGUGGCACUGCCUGAUCACACCGAUGUGUCCUUGAGCCCAGAAGAGCGGUUGCGGGCCUUGCGCAAGCUUGGUUGUAAUAUCACGAUCAACGAUGACAUCACUCCGCGCCGCUAUUUCCGAUCCGGGGUGGAGAUGGAGCGAAUGGCGUCUGUGUAUCUGGAGGAAGGAAACCUGGAAAAUGCCUUUGUCCUCUAUAAUAAAUUUAUAACCUUGUUUGUAGAAAAGCUGCCCGGCCAUCGAGAUUACCAGCAAUGUGCCGUCCCAGAGAAACAAGACAUCAUGAAGAAACUGAAGGAGAUUGCAUUUCCAAGGACAGAUGAAUUGAAAAAGGAGCUUUUAAAGAAAUAUAAUGUAGAAUAUCAAGAAUAUUGGCAAGGCAAAAAUGAAUACAAAGCUGAAUACCUAAAGAAAAUCGAGCGGCAGCGACUGAUAGAGGCGGAAAAGAAGAGAAUUGCCCAGAUGAGACAGCAGCAGCUUGAAACUGAGCAGUUUCAGUUUUUCGAAGAUCAGCUCAAGAAACAGGAAUUAGCCCGAGAUCAGAUAAAGAAUCAGGAAACCCUGGGCAAGCCAGAGCCGAAGGAUGGGAAUGCUCUGUCUCGUCUUUCUACGUAUCGGAACGACUCCUUGUUGAAUGUACUUUCGGAUCAAGCCAAUAAAAGUGAUGCGGCUAAUCAAGUCGACCAGUCUCCUCCCAUUAACAGAGCUUUAAAGCCAGCUGCUACACUGAGCGCUGUGCAGAAUCAAAUCAUCGAAGGACUACGAUGCGUAGUUUUACCUAGAGAUCUUUGCCACAAGUUUCUGAUGCUGGCCGACUCAAAUACAGUGCGAGGAAUCGAGACCUGUGGAAUUCUCUGUGGGAAACUGACACAUAACGAAUUUACUAUUACCCACGUGAUAGUGCCAAAACAGUCUGCAGGACCAGACUACUGUGACAUGGAGAAUGUAGAGGAGUUAUUCAAUGUUCAGGAUCAGCAUGGUCUUCUCACCCUCGGCUGGAUCCAUACACAUCCAACCCAAACGGCUUUCCUGUCCAGCGUUGAUCUUCACACCCAUUGUUCCUAUCAGCUCAUGCUGCCAGAGGCUAUUGCCAUUGUAUGUUCCCCUAAACACAAUGAUACUGGCAUCUUCAGGCUCACCAACGCUGGCAUGCUGGAAGUCUCAGCUUGUAAAAAGAAGGGGUUUCACCCCCACACCAAGGACCCGAGGCUGUUUAACAUAUGCAAGCACGUGUUGAGCAAAGACGUGAAAAUAAUUGUCCUGGAUCUGAGGUGACGGAGCCGAAGAGGAACGUCUCUCAUGGAAGACGUGACAGCUACGUGGCCUAGGAUGUUUUCUGAAAUGACUGACAUUUUAUAUUUAUACAUUUUAGAGUGGAUGGUUUGAUAUUUAUUGUUCUUGGACAUUUUAAGAGGGUUUUGGCGGGGGUUGGUUGAUUUAUCAGGAGAGAUCUUGGUGGUAUUAAAUUAGAAUCUGUUCAAGCCCCCAAAUAAUCUGAUCAGACAAUAAAGGAGCUUCCAGGAGCCAGA